UUAACCUCACAGAUGGAAAGAAAACGCGAAGGAGCGUAAUGAUGGAUGGAUAUGCGUUUGAUGCGCUGCACGGAACUUUAACGGAGCUCUUCACUGCUCAGUCAGCUGGAUCAGGUUUUUGAUAAAUGUGAGGGGAAAUAUAUCAGAGACUGCUGGUGUGAAUGGACAGGUCAGGAGCGCAUAUGCAACACUGUAGGAGCCCCCUUGGAGUUAUUUAUCGCGUUCUUCUGGGAUUUAUCUGCCUCAAGAAUCCGUUUCUUGAUCGGAUGAAAUAAAAAGGAGAAUGUAUGGAAUAAACCGGCGCUGUAUUUACAUAUCAUUUCAUUUUUUCGUGCUGUGGUGCCAUGCUCAGGGGGAGAAUCACCCGUCUCCUAAUUUUAACCAGUAUGUGAGGACGCAGGGCGCAGUGACGGACCAGCUCAGCCGCAGACAGGUCCGGAUCUACCAGCUCUACAGCCGCACCAGCGGGAAGCACGUCCAGAUUCAGGGCAAAAGGGUGACCGCCACAGCUGAGGAUGGAAACGUGUACGCUCGCCUAUUUGUUGAGACAGACACCUUUGGCAGUCGAGUGAGGAUAAGAGGUACAGAAAGUGGCCGCUACCUCUGCAUGAACCGGAAGGGGAAACUUGUUGGAAAGCCCAAUGGCCGGAGCAGGGACUGUAUCUUCACAGAGAUUGUACUAGAGAACAAUUACACGGCCUUCCAGAAUGUCAAGUAUGAGGGCUGGUUUGUGGCUUUCACCAGGAAAGGGAGGCCCAUCAGAGCCUCCGGGACAAGAGAGAACCAGAGAGAAGUUCAUUUCAUCAAGAGGCUGCACAACAGCCCGCCUCCCUUCCCCAACACUGACCAAAGCAAACACUUUGAGUUCAUCCAAUUUCCAUCCACACGUCGAGCAAAGCGGAACAGGAAAUCACGUACCUCUUCCUAGCAUGCAGCAAAUGGCAUGGACUGAUACCAAGUGC